AAAAAUCAGAAAAACAUAAGAGUUGGGUUUCACUUUCACAAAUCCUUAUUGAGUUCAGAUUUCAGAAUCCUUACUUCUUAAGGAAAGGGAUUUCGCAAAUUUCCUCUCGUUUUUUCUUCGUAUGUAACACAUCCAUCAUCGUUGAUAUCACACCCAAUUUACCUUUCUCUUUCUCAUUCUAAAAAUCCAAAAUAAUCACCAAACUCUCUUUAAUAUCCUAAACUCACAGAAAUUCUCAAUUUUUGGUUUUGAGUUUUGAUCUCGCUCUGAUUUUAGGGAUCCAUUUCUGAUCGAAACAAAGACCCGCACCAUGUCGAUGCUCGAUUCGUUCUUCAAACAGGGUUUUAAGGCUGCUAAAUGUAAAACCCUGCUGAAGCUGACAAUUCCACGCAUAAAGCUUCUAAGGAACAGAAGAGAUAUCCAGUUAAAGAAUAUGCGGCGGGAGAUUGCCAAGCUACUUGAGACUGGUCAAGAAGCCACCGCUCGCAUCAGGGUGGAGCAUAUUAUCAGAGAGGAGAACAUGAUGGCUGCCCAGGAAAUCAUUGAACUGUUCUGUGAACUGAUUGCUGUGCGACUUCCAAUAAUCGAGGCACAAAGGGAAUGUCCCCUAGAUUUGAAGGAAGCCAUAUCUAGCGUAUGUUUUGCUGCACCCAGAUGCGCAGAUCUGCCAGAGUUAUUGCAGGUUCAGCAGGCAUUUGCUGCCAAAUAUGGGAAGGAAUUUUUAUCUUCUGCUACUGAGCUCAGGCCGGACUGUGGUGUUAAUCGCCAGUUAAUAGAGCUGCUGUCGGUUCGUGCUCCGUCACCUGAAAAGAAACUGAACCUUCUAAAAGAAAUUGCUGUUGAGCAUGAGAUAGAAUGGGAUCCGGCUGCUUCAGAAACCGAGUUCUUUAAGAAACACGAGGACUUGCUGAAUGGCCCCACACAAUUUGUUGGGUCAAACGUGCCACCACCUGAAGAAAAACAGGAUGAAGAGUCAGACACUGCUCGUGAUACAUUCAAUAAAGAACAACCUGAUUCUGAUUCUGAUUCGGACAUAUUAGACUUCCCUGAUGUGCCUAAGGUAUCGGUCCAGCCAAAUGCAAAUGUUGCCACAGCUCCAGGAGUUGUUCCACCUCCUGAAGUUGAUCUUCGUUCAUCUAGCUACUCUGGAGAUAUCCCAGAUAUAAGGCAUGAGCAAGUUCAUGAGAUAUCAACUAUUCAGAGAGAUGAACCCCAGAAUACAUCUGGUAAAAUGGAAAGCAAGCAGUUUGUGCCAUUCAUCUCCCCUCCUUCACUACCGCCUGGAUCAUAUUCUACUAGACAUAGUGAUUCUUCUCCCCCCAUGUCGAACACAAAAACUGAAGCCAAUGUGGACUCCUUGUCAAGCUCAAAAUCUGAAGCCAAUGUGGACCUGCAGGAUGUGUUGGCUGCUGCUCAUGCUGCCGCAGAAACUGCUGAACGUGCUGCAGCUGCAGCUCGCUCAGCAGCUAGUCUUGCUCAAGUCCGGAUUAGCGAGCUUACCAGGAAAAACAGUGAACAGUCACCUGAUAGCAGCUCUGUGAACCCAUUUUAUGCAGGUGGUGACAAUCAAUCUGUUACAGAAAGGGGACAUCUAGCUAAGCAUAAUUCUGGAGGUACCUCCGAUGGCAGUGGCGGAAAUACUCCUGAACUUAAUCAGGAUCACUUUGCUUCACCAGACUCUCAUUCUCGUUCACCAACUUUUCCUUCAUUCGAUACACUCAAAGCAGAUUUUGAUACUUCUUUACCCAAAAAUCAUAUAGUGGGAGAGAAAUUCUCUGCUCACCAGCCUAAUAGAUUGCCUUCAUUAGAUGAUGAUCCAUAUUUUUCAUACCCCAACUUAUUUUCCCGGCAAAGCUCAAAUGCAGGAUCACAGAAUCAUCAUUCAGAUAAUAGCCGUUCUACUCAUGAUAUGUGACAGGGAAUGAGGGAAUUGUCAUUCAACCACUCAUUUGACUCUGGAAGUCUUGCUCCCGAGUGUUGUUUACAUUUUAUGCCAGAUGUAAAGUCUACAUUAUUUUUGUUUAAUUUUGAAGAGUACGGAAAUCCCUACUUUGUUGUCUACACUGAACAAACCAUGGCUAGAUUUGCACGAUGAUGGGAAAACUGCAAGUAUAUAAUUGCCUUAGUUCAAAAGCCUUGAAUUCUCUGUUGCUGUGUACUCCCAAUGGAUAUAUAAAUUUGCUGUAGUGUUAAAAAUAAAAGCUUUCAGCAUCAA